AUGGCCGUGGCCUCUGCUGGCGAAUUUGAGAGUACUCCUUCUCGCAGGCACAGUGCUCGGCAACGAGCACAAUUAUGGAUGACCAAAGGUGGUCUAGUGCGCGAUGAUUCCGACGACGAGCUAGGGGAUGAGGACCUCCCAUGGCAUUGGAUCUAUGACAUUGAGGAAGAAGAUACCAAAAGCAAAGAAACGACACCGGCCACCGAUGAGCCCGAGACAAAGUCGGCUCGCAGACGCGCAGCUCGCCCUAAUGCGAAGCGCCGACGGAAUAUCAUAGGGGCGCGGAUGGGUUCCUUCGAGUGUCGGUUGGGUCAAAUCGUGCUACUGAAAUCUCCAGAACCGGGAAAGGACUGGGUCGGCAUCAUCACUGAGUUUCUAGAGGAAGAAGAUGAGGAGGCAGAGGAUGGGGUGGUCAAGUCGGUUAACAUCAUGUGGUUUGCGUCCCCGGAUGAGUUCAUGUCGACCAAAAACAAGCGACGGGCGGACGCUUUGCCAAACGAACAAUACCUGACAGCAGACUUUAAUGUCAACCCUAUCACGUCGAUCAGUGGUAAAGCUACCGUGAUGUCCAAGGAAGCUUUCUUUGCCAAGUAUCCGAACGGCACUCCCCCAAAGGGCAAGGAGGAAUUGGCCGAGUUCAACAAAUGCAUUAUCUGCCGGAGAGGCGUAAACCAGCUUCAAGGCAGAUAUACCGACGAAUUCAUUUGGGAGGACGUGUACCGGGAGGAUAAGAUCCAUGACCUUGUUACCAUGAUCAAGGACGGGUUGAAAGCGGCCAAAAAGCGCAAGCAUGUCGACGACGAUUACAUUGAUACGAAAGAGGAUGAUGAUUUUGCUCCCUCUACACCUCGAAAGAAGCAGAAAGUAGCUUCGAAUGCUACUCCACAAUCGCGACGCAACAAAGCUCUGACCACCCCGUCGCACAAGAGGAUCGUCGUUAAGAAGCCGUUAGAGUUUACACCACUUGGAACUCGAGUUUUGCCUCCUUCUCAUUUCGAUUCACCAUAUCGCCAAGCACGUACCCUACUGCAUGUUUCAACCGUACCUACAUCACUUCCUUGUCGAAAGACAGAAUUCGACACUGUUUAUAAUCACCUUAGUGCAGCAAUCAUGGAAGGAACUGGCACCUGCAUUUAUAUCUCAGGAACACCAGGGACCGGCAAGACAGCUACAGUACGUGAGGUGGUUGCGCAGUUGAAUGCUGCCGUUCUCGCUGAGGAAAUGGACGAUUUCAUCUUUGUUGAACUCAACGGAAUGAAAGUGACUGAUCCCCAUCAAUCUUAUUCAUUGCUCUGGGAAGCGCUCAAGGGUGAUCGCGUUUCUCCUUCCCAUGCGCUUGACCUCCUCGAAAGAGAAUUCUCGCAUCCCUCCCCCAGACGAGUGUCAUGUGUGGUCCUCAUGGACGAGCUUGAUCAGUUGGUCACAAAGAACCAAUCAGUCAUGUACAAUUUCUUCAACUGGCCUGCCCUUCGUCAUUCACGACUUAUCGUCCUUGCUGUGGCAAACACCAUGGAUCUGCCGGAGAGAACGUUGAGCAACAAAAUCUCCAGCCGUCUCGGGUUGACUCGCAUUACGUUCCCUGGUUACAAGCAUACAGAUCUCAUGGAGAUCAUCAGCACUCGAUUGGCCAAUGUUCCUGGAAACAUCGUCGAUGCGGAUGCCAUUCAAUUCGCGAGUCGGAAAGUAGCUGCUGUCAGUGGAGAUGCUCGCCGUGCAUUAGACAUCUGUCGACGCGCCGUGGAAAUUGCAGAACAGUCCAGCGAGGCUGCAAAGAUCGAGGAUUUUGACGCGGAACAGAACGGUGACGACAACGAGUCCCUGCCCCCUACUCCCAGCAAAACCCCAGCACGACGACAGAAAGCCAUUAGCAAGCAAACAGUCAAGGUCGAGUCGCCUCAAAAGAACACAGCCCAGAAGCAGACUGUGGGCCGAGUCACCAUCGCUACUAUCAAGCAAGCCAUCCAAGAAGCAACCUCCACCCCCCUCCAGCAAUCACUCCGCUCCCUUCCGCUGUCCGCAAAGCUCUUCCUCGCCGCUUUACUAGCCCGUAUUAAAAGGACCGGUAUUACGGAAUCAACGUUCGGCGAUGUGAUCGACGAAGCCAAGAGAAUCGCCGACGCAGCAGUUGCAGUCGCCAGCACAGGCAUCAAGGAUUUCUUGCUCGCCGGGAACAACGGGGCGCGUGUGAGAGCUCUUAGCUUUGCCGCUAUGGAGCUCAUGAACUCUGGAGUCCUUGCCUUGGAAAACGGGGCGGGAGUCAAGGGGCCCCUAGGCGGUUCUACCAUUCCCAGCAGAGGCGACAGAAGCGGGAAGGUGAGGCUUAGGGUUGCACCAGAAGAUGUUCGAGCCGCGUUCCGUGAGGACAUUGAGGCGAAGGGAUUGGGACUGGGCAUGGACCAGUAA